CAGCCUUGUACAUCAUUGCGGACAGAGCGGCCGCCCGUGUAUAGUGCACCAACAAUCAACAGUUAUGAAAGAUAUAUGUGUCCGUGAUUCCACGACGAGCUGGAGCAACCUUACAUUAACGGUAUUAAUUGUCUUUUAUUUAUCGCAAUAUGACAUAAAGUAUUUAGGUGAUUGAAGCUGGCGGGUAAUGUUACAUUCGAUUGGUAGCAUAUGCUCGCAAACAAAGUGUGUUAGUACACCCUGAUGGAAUUAAAUCUGGGUUUGAUGUAUCUUCACAAAUUCAGGGACGUCUCCAUAGAAAUUCAUUAUCAUGAUCCAUUCACAACGCGCAGGAACACACCUAGCGCAAGGGCAAUGAGCGAUGAUUCUUUAUAGAUAUUAUUCAGGGAGAGUGCUCGCGAGCAGCUGUGAAGCGACAACCGGAUGUGUAGCGUAAUGACUCAUCACCUCCAGCGAUGACAGCGUACACUGAAACAAGCGAACGCAACCAGUGUGACGACAAGGAAUGACCUUCACCUCGGUGUGUUGACGGUGGUCCUGGGGUGGCUGUACCCGCCUCUGGUUGGCCCCGCCACGAAAGACAGAGUGAUAAAGGAGGAUAUGGUCCGCUUCAAAUUGGAUAUAAAAAACGCUGAAGGAUUUCAUUAUCCAACAUCUUCAAGACACAAGACGUCACGGUGUUUAUAAGUAGGCGACGUAUGAACGUUAAGGGUUACCUAGGAAGGACAGUGUUACGUCUACAUGAUACCUUCCAACCUGCGGUUUUAGAAGACUUCAAAGCAACCAGAUACCCACUAGGCAAAUCAGAAGUAACUUUGUUUGCAGGACAAUGAGGACACGAAGCACCGAUUGUUCCCUGCCUUUGGCUCUGCUGGUGACUCUUUGGACGUGCGGACCUGACGUUGACGGUAUUCCUUUAAGUUGUCGGUUACGGAACACUUCAAAAACAGGAAGCCUCAUUCUGACGCCUUUUACGAGACCGGAAGUCUAUGUACCGGAUGUCGUCUCCCUGCUCAGCCAUCUUCAGUGGACAACGAUUACAGUGCUUCACGAUACGGAUUCAGAAGAAUUAGUGGAUGCCAUACUAUUUCUCGCUGUUGAGAAACUGCGCGGAGUUCGCUAUCUCAUCCAUAACGUGGAACACAUGAUGGAAGUCAUUUCUGAUGUACACACCCUGCUCCAGAGUUUGCAUGCCACCUUAUUCCCCCGACCGUUCUUCCUCCUCAUUGGUCGGCCUGCCUUCAUCCUCGACACCAUGUCCCUAGUCAGUUCUCAUGACGGCCAAUCAAAUCGCACAACCGACUAUCGUCAUCUAUCAAGAUGGCUGCUUGUCACCGACCUUGAUCGUCAGUUCUUGGACAGCAUGAUAAACAACAUGGGUGACCUGGAGAAUGUGGCAGCCAUAUACAAAUCAGACACAGUGUCAUCAAGUGAGGUAGAAAAUAUACCGACCAAUAACAGCAUCAACAUCAUCACCUACUCCAGAUCUUGUCCUCCGGAUUUCAUUAAGGUCAAAAUAACGCCACCUGUAAUCAAGGGGAGGCCACUCUUACAUGCGGUCUACCCUAAUACGAAAUACGGGUACAACAACAGAACUUUAGUCGUGUCCACGCUGAUGUACGCUCCCUUUACCAUGAGGAGACAAGACAGAGGACAUGUCAUCUAUGAAGGAUACUGUUUUGAAGUACUCAAUGUUUUAGCCAAGGAUCUGAAUUUCAGCGUCCAGCUUGUAGAGCCAGAUGACGGUGAAUGGGGCCUCCUUGUAGACGGCAAGUGGACGGGCUUGAUUGGCCAACUAGAGCAGAGGGACGUGGACAUGGUGGUGGCGCCACUGACAAUUCACGAGGACAGGGAAAGGGUCAUGGAUUUCCUCCUGCCACCGUUCUACACAGAAAAUGUCGACAUUUUGUACAAAUUCGAAGACGUCAGCGAAUCAGACAUCUUUGUCACCAUGAAACCCUUCAAGAUUAUGGUGCUGGUGUGCCUGGCUGCCGCCGUUGUCGUCGUCUUCAUCUUCAUCUUCUUCACGGAGCAGUGCUCCCAGUAUCUGGCGCAUGAGAGCAGGAACACGGACAAGCGGACACCAAAGUCACCCAUUGUCCCACAAUCUUCGACCUUGAUGUCUUCAUUUUACGCUGUCAUCUGCUUUGGCGACGAUCCAGUUGAAGAACUGCAUUUGAUCUUCUGGAGAGUGUUUGGAUCUGUGUUUAAACAAGGCGACCCGUGGAUCUCCCACACAACGCCAGGCCGCAUCCUCAUGACGUCUUGGUGGUUGCUGACGGUGGUGCUAGCGGCAGGAUACAGCGCCUACCUCGUUGCAAUCCUCGCCGUCGAUAUCCGCGUCAAGCCGUUUAGGACGUUGCAGGACGUCGUUGAUUCCCCCGACUACACCAUUGGCAUUAUGUCGACGGGUAUCAUCAAACUCAUAUUCGAGAAAUCGAACCAGGAUGACUUCAAAGGGGCUUGGCAAAAGGUCGUGAAUGCCAACAAGACUGAUCCCCGAGUGUUGGCCGGGACUGAGUCUGAGCACCUACAGCACGUGCUUGGUGGCAAGUUCUGCUGGAUCGUUGACGUCACCACCGCCGAGAAGGCGCAGGCAACCGACUGUGCCCUCGAGACUGUUGGGGUUAGACUGAAUGGCCAGAAUUUAGCUCUAGCUGCUCCGACAAACUCCCCCCUCAAACCAGCAUUGGAGGACACGAUGUCCGCCAUAGCAGACAGUGGUUUGCUGGAGAAAUGGUGGAAACAAUGGCAGAAGCCUCGGACACCGGACAUGUGUCCAGCUCCCCCUGACGUCCGUCACAUCAUACUCAAUGACGUCAUGGGCCCCGUGUACAUCGCGCUUGGGGGCGUGGCACUAGCGGGCUUGUUCCUGGUUCUAGAGCUGCUCACGCAUCGAGUACAUCUGCUCCAAACCGGAACUCAAACGAAUAAAACACCAACGUAAUUUUCGCUGAUGGAGUGUUAGAAGAUGACACCAGUGAUGUGUAGAUAGCAUGAAUGUGUGUGUUGUCGAGGACACCAGGUGUUCAAAGACCGGUGGAAAUAGAUGCAAAGUGAAGCUACUGAAUAUGUCCUGAAUAUCAUGUCCACAACAUAUAUGCCACCGGACUUGCAGAGGGUCACGUGGUCCUGCAGCAAAGGGAGAUCACUGUUGUUUGAGAUCGUAAAAGACAUACCAAUGGCCGAAAUGAAUAACUAGAGACCCACGUACCUCACUCUGACAUAUUAACAGUGUGUUACGGGACAGAUCGUGUAUAUUGACAUGAGUGAACGUUAUUUCUUGUCAUGAAAUAUGUGCUAUGGUAUAAAUGCAUAUUAUAAUUUCAA